AUGAAAACCUUUACUUUAUGUUUAAAGAUUUUUAUAUUUCUUCUUUUAAUUUGGAUAUUCCAUUGUUUUUACAAUUAUGAUUUCAAUAGGUCUUUGAAUUAUAAAGAUACGCUACAAAUAAAAAAUAGGUUAAAAGAUGAAAGAAUGUUAGCAGAGAGUGGCAUAUUGAAAAAAAAACAAACUUGUAUUAAGGAACGUUUAGAACAUUAUCCAUCUAGUGAAAAGAAUAAUAAAUAUGAUGUGUUGGUUUAUUUCAAGAACAUAUAUAAUAUAUGGUAUAAUGCCAUCAUUCUAUCAAUAUGUGAACUGCUUUCUAAAAAAAAUGAUGAAAUGAUUAAAAAAUGUCAAGUUAAGGAAGUGGAUGCUCUUAGGAAAAAUACUUCAUUGUUUUUGUGCCCACAACUAUCAAUGACUCAUUAA